AUUCAAUUUCUGACGUUUACCGACGUAUGAGCAAAUGCUGAGUUCUUUUUACAUGACAUAUUGCUUUGAUGCCCUAGAUUAAAGAAGUCGCAAAAUGCAAUCUGGGCCAGUGAUAAUAACAGUUUUAAUUUCCAUGAGUGCUUCCUCUGCUAGAAGUGCAAAUAAAAAAACAACAGUUUACAACGAAACCGAUGGGUUUACUUAUGACUAUAAUGUUACCAUGAAUAUUACAAAAGUAACAAAAAACUACGAAGCGUUUUCAAAUAGGGAAUCUGGAAAAUUAUACAAUAUCAGCGAAAAUAUGUUUGGUAGUGAAAAACCUUAUCCGGUAGACUUGAUAGAGGAUACUGAUGAGCUUCAUGUUACAAAUACUGAAUCGUGGAUAGACAGUGACAGUAAAAGUGACUCUUUUCUCAAUAUGAACACGUUGCAUUUUUCAGACAAGAAUAUAAACAACACAUCUAACGAAGGAAAUAACAACGAUAUUGUUACAACAGAAGAAUUACCUACACAACAUACAAAUACACAUGAAAAGGAAACACUAUUUUCCGAGAAGGUUCUGAAUAACAAUAUACAUAAUGUUCCAUACCACACACAUAAUGGUGAUGAUCGAGUUCAGACGUUCAUUUUAGAAAGAAAGAAGAUACAAUUGCAGCACCAUUUACAAUUAGUCCCAAUGGAAGACGAACCUUUGGGUGCAAUGAUGUUUAAGAAUCAACGAUAUAUAAUAAGUGUCCUAGUACCUAUCGGUGUAGGCAUGAUUGGUGCAGCUAUGAUUGUGUGCACGGUGAUCACCCUGAGAAAUAUUGCUAGGCAGCGUGUAAUGACCUCUCCACUGGAUGACUGCGACGAAGCGGAAAGGCCAAUUACGCCUAGCGUUUCUAGUGUAAGUAAUGGUCAUUAUUUAGAUAAAGUAAAUUAAUGUCUAACUUCGACAGGAGCUAGUCAGCUAUAACGAUAUCUAUUUCUAGUGUCAGGCAAUGUUAGAAUAACUCCAUUAGUUUUGUGUGCUGCUGG